AUGGAGGGCACAAUCACUCCCACAGAAGGUGGUGUUCCUGGUGCCACAGAGGACGUCCGCCCUACCAACCCAAACCACAGCCCGGGGAUCGGUCAUUCAUUCACCCACAACAAGACUGGGAGGAAGCUGCUUACUACGAUCAGUCAAUGA